AUGUCUGCGUCUCUGACCGCCAUCGCUCCGAGUCGGCAGAACGCAGAGAAGCCAGACGCCUCGGGGCUAACAAAACGUGGGAAAACACAAACAGCAGCAGCAGCUAUAGCGGGCAGCCCCGACCACUCGGGCGGAUUGCCGUCACAGGACCCGAGGCGGACCAAAAGCGAAGCUGUGCGCAACUACCAACCACCAUUCGGAUAUGGUGACCGUUUCGUUUCCGGCACUACUUUUUCAGGAUCUCGUGGUACGGUUCGUGAAGCUAAUGCCGUAACAAUGAUGUAUGGAGUUGUAUUUUUUCCGCAAUGA